AUGUCGGCAACCUCGGUGGACGACGUUCUUGAAACCCUGCAGCGCGUCGGCAUUUCUGCAUCAGAAUUUAUACUGGUGCUUCUCUCAAGUGAAAAACAUAGCGCUCAUCCAGCUGUAAAAGAUAUCCUGUCUAAUGGGCGUGAAAUUCUUAAUGCUUUUGUGAAACGAGCUACAAGUACCGCGUCCAAAUGGGCUACUGAUAUCGCAAAGGAGAUUUGUGCACGAGAAAUCCAUCACCUCACUGCUAAGGAUAACGGAACUCAUUUUGAUGUAACGCACACCACAGUGGAGCAACUAGAGGAUUUUAGGGUGGCUGAGUUAGCCAGAAUCAUGGAGAAAUCUGCACCAGCAACAUGGGACUUACUCGAGAGCAUGCUGUCCGGGGGAACACAAUCUAAAGUAGCCAUCGGGAGGGAUCGUGAUGGUGAUGUCAUCAUGGAGAAUAUUGAUAGUGACAAAGAAGCUUACUGGGAGGAGAUUGGGGAAGGGGAUCUUGAGGGAUCAUUGAUAUCGAGGCUUACCAACAACACGGAAUGUGAUAGAACAAAACUGCAAACAAAACGGACAGCAAAGAUCUUGCUCAUGUGUUAUUUCGCUGCCUGUCAAAUCAAUAUUACUGACAUCGCUACAUGUGAUUAA